GCAGCCCCGCCGGCCGCCGGAAGCCCAGGCUCCAGCACUUCCGGGAGGGGGCGGUGCCCGCGAAGCUGAUUGGUGGCGGCGCCCCACGCGCCGUCGCGCCCUUCCUGCCGUGCGUGCGUGCGCGCUGUCCCCGCCCAGCCGCGACAUGGCGGACCCGGAGGCGUUGGGCUUCGAGCACAUGGGCCUCGACCCCCGGCUCCUGCAGGCCGUCGCCGACCUGGGCUGGUCGCGACCCACGCUGAUCCAGGAGAAGGCCAUCCCGCUGGCCCUGGAGGGGAAGGACCUGCUGGCGCGGGCCCGCACGGGCUCGGGGAAGACGGCCGCGUACGCUCUUCCCGCGCUGCAGCUGCUGCUCCACAGGAAGGCGACGGGCCCUGCAGUAGAGCAGGCUGUGAGAGGGCUUGUCCUGGUGCCCACCAAGGAGCUGGCACGCCAGGCCCGGUCCAUGAUCCAGCAGCUGGCUGCUUACUGCGCGCGAGACAUCCGGGUGGCCGACGUCUCAUCUGCUGAGGAUACUGCCUCUCAGCGAGCUGUGCUGAUGGAGAAGCCCGACAUAGUCGUGGGGACCCCAUCACGCAUCUUGAACCACUUGCAGCAGGCCAGUUUGGUCCUGCGAGACUCCCUGGAGCUGCUGGUGCUGGAUGAGGCUGACCUUCUUUUCUCCUUCGGCUUCGAGGAGGAACUCAAGAGUCUGCUCUGUCACCUGCCCCGGAUUUACCAGGCGUUUCUGAUGUCAGCUACCUUUAACGAGGACGUGCAAGCACUCAAGGAGCUGGUACUCCAUAACCCAGUGACCCUGAAGCUGCAGGAGUCCCAGCUGCCGGGGCCAGACCAGCUGCGGCAGUUCCAGGUGGUCUGCCAGACGGAGGAAGACAAGUUCCUGCUGCUAUAUGCCCUGCUCAAGCUGUCGUUGGUCCGUGGCAAGUCCCUGCUCUUUGUCAACACUCUGGAGAGGAGUUACCGGCUGCGCCUGUUCCUGGAGCAAUUCAGCAUCCCUGCCUGUGUGCUCAACGGAGAGCUCCCGCUGUGCUCCAGGUGCCAUAUCAUCUCCCAGUUCAACCAGGGCUUCUACGACUGCGUCAUAGCGACUGAUGCCGAAGUCCUGGGGGCUCCCAUCAAGGGCAAGCGCCAGGGCAGAGGCUCCAAGGGGGACAGGGCCUCUGACCCGGAAGCAGGUGUGGCCCGGGGCAUAGACUUCCAUCACGUGUCUGCUGUGCUCAACUUUGACCUGCCGCCCACCCCUGAGGCUUACAUCCAUCGAGCUGGCAGGACGGCCCGUGCCAACAACCCGGGCAUGGUUUUGACCUUCGUGCUGCCUAUUGAGCAGUCUCACUUGCACAUGAUUGAGGAGCUUCUCGGAGAGAACGGGGCCCCUGUCUUGCUUCCCUACCAGUUCCGCAUGGAGGAGAUUGAGGGCUUCCGCUAUCGCUGCCGGGACGCCAUGCGCUCGGUGACCAAACAGGCCAUUCGAGAGGCAAGGCUGAAGGAGAUCAAGGAGGAGCUUCUGCACUCGGAGAGGCUCAAGACGUACUUUGAAGACAACCCCCGGGACCUCCAGCUGCUGCGGCACGACCUGCCGUUGCACCCUGCCGUGGUGAAGCCUCACCUGGGCCACGUCCCUGACUACCUGGUUCCCCCUGCUCUGCGCGGCCUCGUGCGCCCUCACAAGAAGCGGAAGAAGCUGGCCUCCAGGAAGGUCAAGAAGGCCAAGACCCAGAAUCCCCUGCACAGCUUCAGACAUCGGAAAGAGAGACGCAGAUCCACAGCUGUGCCUUCCUGAGGUCUGCGCAGCCUCGCCAUCUCCCAGGGCCCCUUCCAGGGCUGCGCACCGAGCUUCCCACCUGGCUGGACUGGAUUCCGGGGAGGCCCAGCCAGGCUGGCCUUGUGCUUCGUGACAACAGAUUGCACCUGUCCUGAUUCGGUUUCCUGCAAGCAGGAAGGGGUGCUCAUCCCUGGCAACCUUGGGAAUUAAACUGCUUCCAGGAG